UCCCUGAACGUCCUGCCCAGGAUGUCCAUGAGGAGCCCCGUUUCUCCCCACCUGGAGCUCGAUGGGGCGGGCAGCAUGGUGAACUGCACCAUCAAGACGGAGGAGAAGAAGGAAGGCGGCUACGAGUCCCCGCCGGGGGCUGCCCCCAGCGCCGAGCCCCGUCCCAGUGAUCCCCCGGGACCACCGCCGAGGGAGGGCACGGACCCCCAGGCCCUGCCACAGGAGUCCUGCUCGCCCGCCAGCGAUGCGCUGGAGCCCCGGCGCUCGGCCUUCGAGCCGGCUGUCAGCGGCCAGGAGAAGCUGGACUUCAACAAGAACUUAAAAGAGGUGAUGCCAACCAUCGAGAAAUUGCUGUCCAGUGACUGGAAGGAGCGGCUGCUGGGCCGAAACGCUGCCGAGACCAAAGAAGUGAAGGGAACCCAGGAGAGCCUGGCGGAGAAGGAGCUCCAGCUCCUCGUCAUGAUCAACCAGCUGUCCACGCUGCGGGACCAGCUCCUGACGGCGCACUCGGAGCAGAAGAACAUGGCCGCGAUGCUCUUCGAGAAGCAGCAGCAGCAGAUGGAGCUGGCGCGGCAGCAGCAGGAGCAGAUCGCGAAGCAGCAGCAGCAGCUCAUCCAGCAGCAGCACAAAAUCAACCUGCUGCAGCAACAGAUCCAGCAGGUCAACAUGCCGUACGUCAUGAUCCCCGCCUUCACCCCCAGCCACCAGCCUCUCCCCGUGACGCAGGACCCCCAGAUAGCGCUGCCCAUCCAGCCCAUCCCCUGCAAACCAGUGGAUUACCCCGUGCAGCUGCUGCACAGCCCCCCUCCUCCCACGCUGAAGAGACCCAGCGGCUCGAGCCACCUCCAGAUGCAGGAGACCUCGCAGCCGCUGAACCUGACGGCCAAACCCAAAGGCUCCGAGCUUCCCAGUGCCUCCAGCUCGCCCAGUUUGAAGAUGAGCAGCUGCCAAUCCCUCACGCCAAGCCACGGGGCUGCGAGGGACCUGCAGACCAGCCCGUCCAACCUGCCUCUGGGCUUCCUGGGCGAAGGCGAUGCCAUCACCAAAGCCAUCCAGGACGCGCGGCAGCUGCUGCACGGCCACAGCGGGGCCAUGGAGGGAGCGCUGAGCCACCCCUACCGCAAGGAUCACGUCGGCAUCGACGCUUCCCCGGUGAAGGAGCGGCUGGAGGAGGCCCCCGCGCACCGCCUGGACGAGGCUCUGCUGAGCUGCGAGAUGGACGGCUCGCGGCACUUCCCCGAGUCCAGGAACAACAACCACAUCAAGCGGCCCAUGAACGCCUUCAUGGUGUGGGCGAAGGAUGAGAGGAGGAAGAUCUUGCAAGCCUUCCCCGACAUGCACAACUCCAGCAUCAGCAAGAUCCUGGGCUCCCGCUGGAAAUCCAUGACGAACCAGGAGAAGCAGCCCUACUACGAGGAGCAAGCCCGGCUGAGCCGGCAGCACCUGGAGAAGUACCCCGACUACAAGUACAAGCCCCGGCCCAAGCGCACGUGCAUCGUGGAGGGGAAGCGGCUGCGCGUGGGCGAGUACAAGGCGCUGAUGCGCAACCGGCGGCAGGACGCGCGGCAGGGCUACUUGAUAGGGCCCCAGGGCAGCCAGAUGCCCCCCGCCUCCUCGGACGUGCUGUACCCGCGGCCGGUGGGCAUGCAGCUAACGCCCCCCCUGAUGGAGCACUACCUGCCCCGCAGCAUGGACCCCAACAUGCCCGUCAUCGUCAACACGCGCAGCCUCAAGGAAGGCGACGGCGGGGACGACGGGCACUCGGUGGCCGACGGCGAGAUGUACCGCUACAGCGAGGACGAGGACUCGGAGGGCGAGGACAAGAGCGAUGGCGAGCUGGUGGUGCUGACGGACUGAGGGGGGGGGGUGGGUGAGGGCGGGGGGCAUUUUGGGUCGGGAGACGAUGGGGCAGCGAUGCACGCUGCCGGGUGCUUGGGUACGUGGCCGUGCCACCACGCCAAUGCUCUGCACGGGGGGG